UCGAUGAGUUGUGUAGUUUCCAACUGUUAAUCUCCAAAUGCCGACUGCACGUACUCUUUUCAAUCAUAGCUUCAUGUUUAUACUUUUGUUGUUAACACUGUAUAUGCUAGACUGGCUACAUUAUGGCUGAUUGUGAACACAACUGUAUGCGGCAUUUCCGGUCACUUGCCACCAUGAUAGCGGUCUUUCUGCUCAUGAUCGUCAUCCAGACGGGAUCUCAUCCGUACUCUUCCUCAUCCAAAAAGACCUGUCAUACGUGCGCAGUCUGUCCACCACCGUGCUCUGUCACAGCACCAUCAACACCGCCACCGAAUACCUGUCAAGAUAAUCCAUGCUACUUCCGUUCGCUGCCGUUUGCCUGCUCAGCCCAGCAGUGCCAAGAGUUUGUCAACAGUACAAACGGAAUUGGCAAAGCAAUUAUCAUCGACCUUCCUGAUGAACUGUGCAUAACAACGUGCCAAAUGCAGUCGUACACCAACUAUGGCUUCGUGAUCCAUCGAUUUGGGGCUUGUACACGCUACGAAGAUCUGACGGCGGUAGUGGCGCAGGGAACGUCUGCCACUCCCCAACCAGUGAUUAACUCUCUUAUUCGGUGCGGAUCGGACAUCAGUUUUGGUGCAUUCAUAGAUCAGAUCCUCUACUCGCGUAUCAGUAUGGGCAGCCUGCAUUAUUACGAGGACACCGUUCUUCAGUGCACGCUUGAACUGCAUAAUAAUCAGCUGAAUAAUGAAUUGCUCGCCACGGCAGAUUUCAAGAUGAUCAUCAAAUACGUACCCGAAGACCAGUGUGGAAAAGUCUCCAGAUGGUAGAAUUAUCAGCCAUCGACCAGCCUAAAUGUUUUUGCCUCCUUUUAAAUUGCCAUUGUUAACAUUUGGUGCGAUUGGCAUGCCGCCUGCCGGUGAGGCCUAUUAUAGGAUUUAUGUAAUUCCAGUAAUGGACGAAAAGAUCUGAUGGGCCAAUCAUAAUUCUUGAUGUAACUUAUGGUUAAUUUAAUUUAAAUAUAACUAUUUGCUGGAAGGUGUCUUAAUUUAGUCCUUAUUGUGUUAUUAUUCAGUCAGUCUUUAUUUCAUUUUGAAGCAGGAGAUUUCUGUUAAGUGAAACUGCACCGCUAAAACAGGAACCGCUUUGUUCGAUGUCAAAAAUACAGUACCCACACUAAUAACGAGCAAACAAUCAG